UGCAAAGGCCUCUUGGGUAUUUCCUGUCAAUGGGACACUUGACGUGUGCAAUACAUGUACGUCACUAGUAUUGUAGUAGUAGCAGGAACUUGCAGUCCUCAGAAUGAAACUACAGUACCAUUGGUUGUCACACAGCCCUGCAGGCUUAGGAUAACUGUUGUUAUUUGACAUGUGGGCGUCGCCCUGUGAGCUGAUUCUGUUUAAGUGAAGUUUGUUCUCGAUCAGUCUUGCUUGUCGGGCACAUUCUGGGAGGUAAACAUGGAUUGUAGUGAAAGUGGACUGCAGAAACUUUUGGCCGGAACGUUUGGAAGAAAAUGGAGGAAUACCAUUGGUACUCUGCCAGCUGGACAGUGGAAUGCAUCCCAUUGUGUCAUGCGCAAUGUUGAGGGUGGCUACUUGAAUCGAGUCUACAGGCUGUACAGUAAGGAUGACCAGACGAAAUCUGUGUUCAUUAAGCAUGCUCCCCCAUACAUCAAGUGCCUGGGUUAUGACCAACCACUUGGAGAUCAAAGGAUCUAUCUGGAGUAUUUAGCUCUCAGGAAAUUUCACGACGUCCUUCCUGGCUCCGUACCAAAAGUUUACUUCCAUGAUGAUGAGGCAAAAUGUGUUGUCAUGGAAGACCUGCGGGACUACAAUGUCUUGGACAGGCAGUUGGCCAAAGGCUGUCUUGACUUGACCACGGUGAGACAACUCGCCAGCGUUACGGCCAAACUGCAUCGGAAGACACAUAUCAGGACAACCUCACAAGAGGAGUUCCAGACAAUGCUGGCAACAUUCAGCAAUGAGGAAAUGGUGGCUUUGAAUGUUGACACAACCUUUAUCAGUGCGGUUGACCCCAACCACCCCGCCAAUCGCUGUUCUGCUGAGUUGAAGGGACUCGCCGACAGCAUCCGCAAGGACCCUGAAAUCCUGCAGAGUUAUCGGAGCCUUCACUCUGUCUACGAACAGCAGAAGGAUUGCUUGACUCAUGGAGACCUGCACCUUGGCUCUGUCAUGGUGAAUGAGUCCACUGUAAAGCUGAUUGACGCUGAGUUUGCAUUCAUGGGCCCAGCAGCUGCAGACGUUGGCAUCAUCCUGUCAAACUUCAUCUUCUUUUAUGCUGCCAACACAUUGUAUCCCAGACAGGAGAAUUCAUCUUUUGACCGCCUCCUUCAGGAAGCAAUCAGAGUCACAGUGGAAAUUUACUUUGAUGAGGCAAAGGAAUAUCUGAGUGAAGAUGCCCUGGCCGCGUUAGUAUCGCAGACAGCGGGAUUUACUGGUUGUUACAUCAUCAAAUGGAUAAUUGGAAUGGCAGAAGCUACGGAUUUACUAGAGAAACCUCAAGCUGAAUUGAUGAGCCUGAACAUCGGGGUACGCUUGAUCAAAGAAUACCGCAUGAUCAGGUCAACCCACGACUUGCUCCAGAGUAUCUUUGACAAUCAGCCGACGUAAAACCAACAUUCCACCCUGCAGUGUUGGAGGUCUCAAGGCUGGCCUUGGCCUCCCGGCCUUGAGGCCGGUUUUUCAAAGCCUUGGCCUCAGCUUUACUACGCAAUGACUCGGUCUUGGCCCCCUCUGGACUUGAAGAAUCAGUCAAGGCCGGUUCAAGGCCGCCUAUCUUGAGUCAGUUUUCUUAGCUUUUACUUCCCCCCUAAAAAUUUUAUCGAGACAGAGUUUACUGUACUUGCGACGUGCAUGUGCUGUGGGCAUGGAUCAUUUUUGUGUACAAACACAUGGUAUGGAACCUAGACUCCUCAAUGACGCAAUGCAUCUGAAUAGUUUUUUAUUCCCAGGGAACAUACUUCCAUUGAUUGUUGCACGAAAAGGAUAGCUUUUGUGUUGCAUGAAUUAGGCUACAUGUACUCAUUGAAAUUCUUUUCAGUUCCAGAUUUUUCCUACAUGUAGUUCUGGAUCCCUUGAAAUAAAAACCUACCUCUUAUUUGUUGUUCUUCAGUUCUACAUUCCAAGACAAAUUGAGUUCUGCUUGAUGAAUCUUGUGUGCCAGCCAAAUGUAUGUUAUAUGUGUCUGUGUGUAAUAACUGGCCUUGGCCUCGGACACUGGCCUCGGCCUCGAAUGGCAGUUACUUGGCCUUGGCCUAAAAGGCUGCAGACACGACUCCGAUAUGUGAUGCAUUAAAUUGUAGAGAAUGGCUCUGUGACCAAAUCUAUCUACGACUGUUUUAACAAUUUUUUAGAUAAAUGAAUAAAAAAGUGAGGGUUAUUGAGUGUUCUGUCAAGUUUGGUAGACAGCACAAUGAAAAGCUUUCAACAAAGUCCAUUUGUGUAUUAGCACAAACAGGUAAUUUAGGAGACACUUUGUGGUAAACUUUUCAACCUUAGGGAGACAUUUCAGUGUCUCUCUAAUGCUCCAACUACCAGGAGGAGGCCAAAUUUUACCAUCCAAAU